AACAGUCACAUGAAUAAUCACAUAUGCGUCUGAAGUAACUCACAAUUCGCAAAAUGGCCUCCUCAGAUGCGCAUUCUCAACGUUCUUCCGAAGAAACCCAGAACUUGUACAAUGUUAUCGACUCUGCCACGCCGGAGCGUGUGCGUGCGUUGCUGAAGCACUUGAGUACAACCUCUCCUGCCAACUUCGCGUAUAUUCAAGGCGAAUUGAUGCUGCGGCCCGGCGCGUUGAAGAGGGCCCGUUCAGAGGAACAGGACAAGGAAGAUGAUGACACUGAGUCGGACUACUCUGACGAGCAGACUGAUGCGCCAGUACGUAGACCGCGGUUCGAUAUAUGCGAGCAGUGCGGCGAGGAGUAUGACGUCCUGCAUAACGAGAAGAAGAGUUGUCAAUGGCAUGAAGGCGAAUUAGAAGUAGACUACGAGGGCGACUUCUGGGCUGACCACGACGAGAGAUGCCACGGCACAAUAGAUACACAGGAUAUGCGUGAGGUAUAUCCAGAGGGUUUUAUAUGGAGUUGCUGUGAUGAACUAGGGACUGAGCCUGGGUGCAAGGAGACUAGGCACCGGCCAAAUCGCGCAAAGAGGGUAAAGAAAUAA